AUGCCUGCCAGUGCAGUUCCGAAACGCAUGAUGACUCAACCUAAAAAUGCAACUCAGCAUCCAGGAUAUAUUCUGACCAGGGGCGAAGACCGAGUAAAAAGACAUACCAAAGCUCAAAAGGCCGCGGAUGACCAACGUGAAAAAGAGGAGAAGGAGGCAAGUGAAACAGCUAUACAGGAAGCGCAUAAGCGCAUUGCUGCAUUUCGGAAACAAAUGCAGGCAAACCAAGCUACUGUGUGUACUGAUGCACCUAAGCCCACUUGUCCUCAUCCUCGUCCUGUGAAAAAGGGUGUGAAAGCCCUAGAGACCUCCGACUUGACUAUGGCUGCCGAAAAGGCUGUUGGUGCCAAAGGCAAAGGUGGCAGGGCAGCAGCCAGUGCCAAUGUUGAGCAUCCUGCAAGUGAAGAUGAUGAGGAGUUGGAGGUCCAGAUGCCGGAAGCACGCAAGAAGAAGGGGAAGAGGACGGUGAUACCAGUGAAGACACCAGUGAGAGAUGCAAUUGAUGUGGUGGGUGCCCUUAUCGAUGAAUCAACGCAGGCACAUGAUGAUGAAUCGUCUGAUGCCAUCUCUAUGCGGGCUCCUAAAAAAUACAGUGUGGUCAAUCACAUCCCAGUUUGGAGGGAGAGAAUUCCUGAGGUUGAUGGUUCAAAGCCAUCCUCCAUCUUCAACUUGAAGAACAGACGUUCUGCAGUGCCUUCCACUCUCUCUAGCACCGCUCCCUCCUCUAAGCUUACUAGGGGAAGCACUAUUAGUAGUGCUGGUGCCCCACUCACACCUACUAUCUGUACUCCCGACGCUGGGGCCAACGACGUAUCAGCUCUUUUCACAACCCUGUUUGCAGACGAUGAAUUGACCGAAUCAGUCAAGCACUCUCAAGCCCUCGCUCGUAUGUCAAAAUCAAAGGCUGCUCAGCUCAAUCCAAUUGAGCCUGAUGUCACUGCCGAUGAUGGUGCCUUCAAUAUUCCUGAGCAGACCAAAGCUAAGACCGCUCCUCAGAUGGCCUCCCUGGUUGACUAUGGAUCCGACACCGAUAGGGAAUCUGAUCUUAAACCUCCUCCUUCUGCGCAGGUUCCCAAAGGGUAUUAUGAUGAUCUCCAACCCCCAUGUCUCGCUCGAGCUUACACAUACUGCCCUACCAGUGUCAAGCGCAAACUUGCAGAUGACAACCUGGUCGAUGAAGACUUGCCCUCCUCCGAAGUUGAAUUUGUGGGUCAAGCUCAACGUCACGUCAAGCCUGUGGUCAAGACCGAACAUAAACCAGUGUCGUUGCGGGUGACUUCCGCGACCGGCAUAGGCAUCAAACACAACGCCCCCCCAGCAAAGCGGCUAAAGUCCUCUAUCACAAAUUCUAGGAGUGUGUCCAGCAUUCCAAGUACUGACGAUGAAACAUUCGAGAAACCUUUUCAGUCUGAGCUCAUUAUUCAGGUUCUUGUACAGCAUAAGUGUGCUACAUGGGGUGCCAUCAACAGCCAUCACACAAUAACGCAUGCGAAAGGGGCUCUCAGCCUUUCCACUGUGGCAGUGGAACAUGCCCUCCUCCUUAUCGCUGGGCCUGAUGAGACAUGUGUCAGUGAAUUUGAAGUCAAUAGUAAAGGCAAGGCUGUCAAGGUCCCACACUCUCUUAACAAGGCCUCCGGCAAGAUUAGCAGCUCUCGAAAGGCCUUUUUGGACACCAACUUCGGUGCGAUGACCAGGGGUUAUAUGAUGUCUAUCAACCGCCUGCCAGAGUCAGUUCUCCGGGAUGUCUGGGGACAGGCAAAGGACAUUGCCUUGAAGAGGUGUGGUGCACACACCACUCUGGAUGAGGACUCUGAGCUUGAUGAGCGUGCGCUCAUCUUCGCCUAG